CUUUUUUGCGAUCGCCGCUGCUGCAGCAAAACACCACCGCGAACAUGGCCGGCCCCAGUGACAAGGCGCGUUUCUUCCUGGAGCAGAGCGCGACAGAGCUGAACGAGCUCGAGCGCAAGAAGAUUUUCACAAGAGAUGAGAUCAAAGCGAUAGCCAAGAAGCGCUCAGACUUUGAGCACAUCAUAAACGCCCGCGGCUCCCACCCAAGCGACUACAUGCGAUACAUCGAAUUUGAGAAGAACGUCGACGCGCUCCGCCAGAAGCGAACAAAACGACUGGGCAUCCGCCACAAGGGCGCCGGACAGCGCAGCAUUUACUUCCUCUACAACCGCGCCACGAAGAAGUUUUCCGGGGACCUGACGCUAUGGCUGCACUACAUAGAAUUUGCGCGCAAGGACAAGGCCUACAGGCGCCUGAGCGAUAUCUUCACCUCAGUCGUCCGUCUCCACCCCACCAAGCCUGAGCUGUGGACGCUUGCUGCCAACUACUUCAUGGGCACCCAGGCGGACAUCACCAAUGCAAGGAGCUACAUGCAGCGAGGACUGCGAUUUUGCAAAAACUCGGAGGAGAUUUGGUUGGACUAUGCCAAGCUGGAGACCAUCUACGUGGGCAAGAUCGCCGGCCGAAGGAAGAUUCUGGGUCUGGACAUCGACCGUACCAAGAAGCAGCCGACCGAUGACGAGGACACCGACAUGAUUGCGCUCCCCGACGUGACGGCAGAGGACAUCAACCCCAGCCUGAAGCAAGACGACGGCGUGGACGAGGUGGCGCUGCAGAACUUGGCUUCGGCGCCAGUGCUGACAGGUGCAAUUCCUCUGGCCAUCUUCGACUCGGCUAUGAAGCAGUUCCAGAACAGGCCCAAGGUCGUGGAGAAGUUCUUCAACAUGUUCGCCGAGUUCGACCAAUUGGCUUGCAUUCCGCGCAUCCUGCAGCAUGUCCUCGAUUACCUGCAGCAGGCCCACCCAAAGGCUGUCGAAAAUGCCAUCUGCCAGUUCCAGAUGCAGCUCUUUGGCCAAUAUGCUGCCAGCCCGGAGUUUCCUGUUGUGCUUGGGGAUGCGUUUGACGCUAUCAGCUCAGCGAUCGACAGCUACCCAAGUGAGGUUACUCGACUAGCCGAAGUCGCUGUCCGUCAACUGUUGACCAUCCAGAGCUCAUCUGCCGAUGUUGACCCCGCUCUGCAAAAGGCAAUCAGGUCCACGCUCCGCAAGUACCUGAAGGCGCUGGGAGGCACCGAUGGAGACAGGGUUGCAGGUUUGGCGAGGGCGUUAGUGCAGGAAGGGAAAAGAGACGAUGCACAAGCGUUGCUUCCAUUGAGUAUCAAGACAUGGUCCGCCAAUGAAGAGCUGCAGGAGAUCAGGGCCGCUCUAGAAACAUGAGGGUCAGAAGAUACGGCACGCUAGGUAUACCCUGCAUGUCGGCACGUCGCCAGUGAUCGGUCCGGACGCCACGACUUCACCGCUGCUGCUACAACAAGAGAAUCAUCGUGGGUCGUGC